UGACCCAAUUCCACACCUCUGCCCAAGGCAUGCCAGCCAAAAUCGAAAAGGAAUUAAACACCCUAAUAAAAAACUUCAUAUGGAACUCCCAACUCCCCUCACUCAGCAUGAGGACCCUGAACAGCCCUACUAGUGAAGGGGGAAGAAACGUCUUGAAUAUCCAAGCAAGGAACGAAGCGAUUCACCUUAUGAAGCUGAAAAAGAUCUUAGAUAGAUCUCCUGACAGACCACCCGCUGCCGACGCUGCCGAGGCCAUAAUAAUCUGCUCACUCCCAAAACACACCCGCGACCAAGAGGCCCACGACCCCCGAAUAAUUGACAUCUUUACCCAACAGAUCUUUAACAAACACCGCUAUGUGAGCAAAACCCUCCCGCACGAAAUUAAAGCCAUACUCAACACUGGAGCCAAGUACAACCUAGCCCUCGACGAUGUCAACCUCCCCCUGAACAUCAGGCUGGAUCUCCCAGCAUGGUACCAUAUCGGAACAGAAGAGCAUGUCAAAUCAAGAGAAAAUACGCCUGCAGCCAAAUGCCUCAGAAACACUCACAACUGCCAGCGCACCGGCAACCUCCUCAUCCUAGCGAACAUCCUAGACAACCCACAACACAGACGAUGGAACAAAUCCUGCUCCUGCCCACCAUGCACCAACUUCAAAAUGGCCAGCUGCAAAAACCCCGAAACCUGCUACCAACUAGCCAACCACAUGAUAUCAAACCUGAAACCCCAAUACAACCCCUGCACAGCUCCCAUACGCUGCCCUCCCCCCUCGGGUGACGAGAGGGCCAUCAUCAAAUCCCACUCCCUCAACGGCCCCUCAAGUAUUAAGGUUAUCAAAACCUUCCCCAACCCAAAAGACCAUGCGUCAGUACUCCGUAUCCAUAACAGUCAGAUUACUUCCGCAUCUUUCAGGAAAAGAAUAACCAACCCCCUCCCCCUCAGGCUCACCCCCCCAAAGAAACUAAGCACCGACACCGUGGCAUACACAGACGGAUCCUGUACAGGAAACGGUGAAACUGAUGCCAAGGCGGGCUUCGGAGUAUGGAUCGCCCCCGAGUGCCCAGACAAUGCAAGCCUCCCAGUAGAUCGGAUUUUCCCCCAGACAAACAACUCCGCUGAGGUACUGGCAAUAAACCACGCAAUUACCACAACGCCCCUAAGAGCCAGACUCCACAUUAAAACCGACUCAAGAUGGUGCGUGAACGCACUAACCGUAAAUCUUGAAAAAGCCGAGGACCAAGACUACAUCAGCACUCCCCAACCCCUAGCCAUCAAAAAUACCAUAAGCUCCCUCCGAAUGAGGAAUGGCAUCGUCUCGAUCGAGUGGAUAAAAGGCCAUAACGGCUGCGCCGGAAAUGAGAAUGCCAAUGAACUUGCAACACUGGGAUCUGCGAAAACCCCCGACAAUGGCUCGGUCACCCCAACCUCCUGUCAGGGCACACCCGCUUGA